GGGCGGGGGCGCGGAGCUGCCCCCAGCGGCCCAUGACUUAAAUCUGUCUCUCUGGGGUCCCCCACUCUUGAGAGGGCAAGGGACACUCCCAUUUCUAACCGAGUCGCCCCGAGAACCCAGGGUCCCGCCUCGGAAACUUGCCCUUCCCGGCGCGCCUCUCCCGCCCCGAUUCCUCAGGUUGCGGCCGGAGUUGCUGCCUCCGGGAACUGGCGGGGCGGACCGCGCCCUCGCGGCGCGGGGGGAGGCAUCUGGUGCUGCGCUCUGGCUCUCGGGGGGCGCUUAAGUUGUCCUCCCCAGGACGGCGAUUGCCGGAGUCACCUCGGCUCCAGAAAUUUGUGAUUGGGAGGAGCAGCUGCUUCUGUUUUAGCGGUUGGGUUUUGGCAGGGUUAGGAGAGUUUAUUCCUUGCUGGGAGGGAUGGGGCGGUUUGCAGAAUUGAGGCCCUCUGCCCUUUUAGCCCCUGGGCCUUUUAAAAAAAAAAAAUCACUAUUUAAAGAGAAGGGAAUUUGGCAAGAUAAAGGUUGCAAGAUAGAGAAUUUGUUAACCGGGGGAAAGGGAGUGUGUACAAAAAACUAACUCCCAAGAAGGAAGCUUGUAGGCUUUUACCUGCUAAGCGGGGGACAAUGGAAAGAAGACAGGGAUUGCAUAUGGAGAAUCCCUGGAAAUAUUUAAAGUAAACCCCAGUGAAUAAAAUAGACGAUGAGUCAUUUGUACAAAGCAGAAUCAUUUUUGUAAUUCUGAAAUCGUUUCCAUUUCAGUUAAAAUGUGGCUGUCAGUUCCUGGGUUUUGUUUUUGCAUAUUUGAAUAUUCAUAAAUUCGAGUGAGCAUUUGCAUCACAUCUUUUUUAGAAAAAUGUAAAUGUUGGAACGACUAAUGCUGUAGUUUUAGAGAUUCUCAGUUACUGAAUUCACUCAGUUCUAAUUAUUCUUGAAUGUAUUCAUAAGGUAAGGAAGACUAAACCCUUUCCUCAUCAAUGUCCUAUUAAAGUAUAAUGGGGAAAUAUAAGUGAAAGUAUUGGUUGUCACUACAUCUAGUCUUAAAGGCACCUAAAAUACAGCACUAAACAUUUAUCAGCAUACAGAUGUUUCUUUGAUUGCCACAACUUUCACAGUCAGCUGUUGCUGUUUUGCAUUAUUUAAAUACUUAAACGCUUUAGGUCUUAAAAAUGAGCCAGUCUGCAAAAGGCAUGCUUUCCUAGAAGUUCGUUAACCCUUGAAAAUAACAGCUUACCACCAACCAUAGGGGUUUUUUGUUUUGGGGUUUUUUUUUUGGUCAGACCUUUUUUUUCUUUUUCUUUUUCAAACAUAAGCAAUGAAUAUUAUUCUGUCUGAAAACAUUCUUUGUGAUGGAUAAAUGAUGUUUUGUGAACUAACUUUAGGUUGGUGGGUGAUGACUCUUAACUGGUACUGCUGUAUCCAUAUAAUGGAUCUGCUUUUUAAUCACUUUAUCUUAAAGUAAAAAGAUAAUUGUCUCUUCUUCUCUUGUUGCAACCAGAAGAGACAAGCUCUGGGUCAGGCACUACAGAUGGAGGAACAAGUGAACUCUGUGGUUUUCCUUUUAGGGGAAUGACUGUAUAUUCUGACAGUCUGAUUGGCCUUCCGUGUCUCGUACUUGCUAACGCACUGGUGCUUUCAAAGACUAAAUUUAAUAGGAUUUUACAUUUGAUUGACAUCAUUGAAACCAACAUACUGAGUUUUCCAAUAUUGAGCAUAGUGACUAUGCUGCCCUGUGCCGCUAUCCCCUUAACCUCCAUCACAGGAAACAUGACAGCUGCCCUCCAGGCAGCUCUGAAAAAUCCCCCUAUCAACACCAAGAGUCAGGCGGUGAAGGAUCGAGCCGGCAGCAUUGUCUUGAAGGUGCUCAUCUCUUUUAAAGCGAAUGAUAUUGAAAAGGCAGUUCAGUCCCUGGACAAGAAUGGUGUGGAUCUUCUCAUGAAGUAUAUUUAUAAAGGCUUCGAGAGCCCCUCCGACAAUAGCAGUGCUGUGUUACUGCAAUGGCAUGAAAAGGCACUUGCUGCUGGAGGAGUCGGGUCCAUUGUUCGGGUCCUGACCGCAAGGAAAACCGUGUAGUCGGCGGGAACUGGACAGCCCAUGGGUGUGGGAGUUGCUGGUACAAAGACCAAAACAACCAAAUGCCACUGCUGCCCUUUGGGUAGCAUCUGUUUCUCUCAGCUUUGCCUUCUUGCUUCCUUUUUCAUAUCUGUAAAGAGCAAAAUCACAUAUCAGUUUUCCUUUCAUGAAAAUUGGGAUAAUAGAGAGGAAAUGUUUAUGAACGGGAGGGUUUCAUGCUCUCAAAAAUGAUUUUGGUGUAUACCUGUCUGUAUAUAGUAUAAUUUGCCUUCAAGUUUAAAUGUGCAAUUUUAACCCCUAUCGGCUGGUUGGGGUUUUGUUUCGUUUUGCUUUUUUUUUUUUGGAAGUGUUUUGUUUUGUUUUGUUUUUGACUAAUAGAAAUUUGAUCAGAACUUGAGGCCAGUUUCCUAACUCAUUCCUAGCCAGGAAAUGAUCUUUAUAAAAAAUAUAUUUGAGAAACUGGCAGCUAUUAACAUUGCAAAACUGGACCAUAAUUCCCUUAUUUAAGCAAAAUGUGUUUCUGGAACAAGUGGUGGGUGAACAGCGCUCCCAAGUUCCAGCUCUGUUUCUGCUUACCUCCAGAUCAUGUGAGCUUAAGUACGCUUUUUCCUCUCUGCAUCCAAUAAUCAUGGCCUCUUGAUUUCUUUGUGGUCUCCAGGGUCCAGAGCAAGGAGUCUUGCUCUACAAAAAUGUAUCUAUGAAAUUCCAGAGCCUGUUUGGCACGAGCAUAAAACUUUGUUCUAAUAAUAUGACCCAAUUUGGGGAAACUACUCCAAAUGAGAGAAGACGGGGAAACAAUGAUGAAGUUCAAACUCUGGGCAGCCUCUGAAUGAAACGCUAUUUUCUUUAGAAAUACAAUAGCUGCCUUAGACAUUAUGAGGUAUAUAACUAGUGUUUAAUAUGCCCUAUAAAUGUCUUCAGCGUUCUUCAGGGUAAUUAGGAUCUUAAAAGAUUUGGUUCAGAUCCAGACACAUACACAUUCUGUAUUUUAGCUCAGUGGUUUUCAAAAAAGGAAAAUGCCACACAGCAAAAAGUGUUUACUUUGGUGGACAGACCAGAUCGGUUGUCAAAAAAUGACCGGUGCUUAUAAAAAGUUAUCAUUCAAUAACUCCAAAACAAACCACCUGAAUGCAUAUGACCAAGAGGGAAAUCAGCCUGUGUUUAGUAUUUACAUUGGACACCAGUUUCGUAAUCACUGUCUUACGUAAAAACUGGUGGAGAAAUUCUAUAACCUCUUUGCUGUUUUUGAUACCUGCGUUUUGUUUUGUUUUGUAAAAAUGAUAAAAGUUCGGAAAAUAAAAUGUCAGUGUUGAAUAAUUUA